GCGAGCCGCGCGCAGUAUGCCCUCCGCCAGACACCAUGUGGACGCCGCCGCCGCUGCCGCUGCUCGUCCUCGUCGCGCUGGCUGCCGCCCCUCUCAGGCUACACGCACAAGAGGCCGCCUGCUGUUCCUUAGCCACCGGCUCGUGUCGUUCCGUGUGCCAGGAGGUGUCGCUGGUGAGGAUAGCAGCGGACGCCGAGGAGCGCGAGCGCGCCGUGUCGCGGGUGUCCGCCGUCUGCCCAGACCAGCUGGUUUCCUUCUGGGAAUGUAUGAACAAGACAACUGAAGACAUGGUCCGCGGGGAGGCGUGGUGGGGCCGGGAGUGCUGCGGGCUGCCGCAGUCCGCGGGUUGCCAGCAGGCGUGCGUCACGGCCGCGGCUCGCCACGACCUGGCCGCCAGCUGCCGCCACAGCGACGAGGUCGCCUUCUUCGCCUGCCUCGACCGCCAGCAGGCGGGCGCCGCGUGCUGUGCCGACGCCGCGCCGGAGACCUGCGCCUCUGCGUGCCGCGACGCCUUCCGGGAGUCGGGCGGCGCGGGCGGCGUGUCCGCCGUGGAGCGCACGUGCGCACAGCACAGCCCGCGCGUGCUGGCCUGCGCGCGCAACCACACGGCCGCCGCGCCCGUGCUGCAGCCGCACAAGUAUGUGCCGUGCUGUGAAGCGGCGGAGGACGCGGGGUGCCGGGAGGCGUGCAGGCGGCUCCUGAGGACUCGCGCGCCCGCGGAGGACAUCGUCGACGGCCUGCAAGAGGCCGGCUGCGGGCCGCCACUGCCACAUGACCGACUGUGGCAGUGCUUCCUGCAGCGUCAGCAGGAGCCGGCGGCUGGGGAGGCGGCGGCGGGGGCCGCGCCGGGGCUGGGGGCGGUCGGCGCGGGGGCGGAGGAGGCGGCGUCUUCGCGCAUCGACCGCGCGGGCAUGGACGCCGCCAAGCUCCACUGCUGCGCGCGCGCCGCCUCCGCCGCCUGCCGCCGCCUCUGCUUCCGCACCUACUCCAGCGAGUGGGUGCGCUUCUGGCCGCAGUUCAGCGCCCACUGCCUCGAGGACUCCUCCGAGGUGGCGCUGCUCACCUGCGUCCAGGAAGUGGAGGAGCCGUGCGAGCUGGGCUGCGGCGGGCUGUCGUUCUGCGCGGCUGUGUCGCGGCCGCUGCAGCUGUUCCGCAGCUGCGACGCGCGCGCCGACGCGGCGGCCCGCGCCGCGGUGUCCCUCUGGGCCCGGCGCGGCGCCGCGCCACUGCCGCUCUCCCUGCCGCUCCCCCUGCCGCUGCUGGACGUCCGCGCCUGCCGCCCGCACCUGUGGCGCGCGGUCGCCUGCGCGCUGCACCUCGCUCCCUGCCACGCCAACACGCGCCCCCUCACCAUCUGCAGGGAGGACUGCGAGUCGCUGCUGCAGAGCUGCGUGGACUGGCGUCGCGCCGCACCCGGCCUCUCUCCCGCGGCGGUGUGCGCGCAGCUGUCCGCCGGCGACCGGCCAUGCGUGCCACUAGAGGCGCUGCUGGCGCCAGCGGGCUCCGAGGCGCGGGUGGCGCCACAGGACGCGCUGACAGCGCCUUGUCGCGGCCGGCCGUGCAACCACAGCCGCGCCUGCCUGCCCAACAGGGACUGCGCCGCCGGGCGGCCCUGCCACACGCAUCGCUGCGUGCCAGGGUGCCGGCUGGGGGAGGUGUCGCAGUACGUGGUGCCAGGCGACACGCUGGUGGUGGUACCGCAAAGCACCGGCUGCGCCAGGCUGUGCCGCUGCCCCAGGCACGGCGGCGCCCUGCACCGCUGCGAGCCGCUGCCCUGCGCCCCGCCGCAGCCGUGCUGGAUAGGCACCACGCGUAUAGAGCACAACUCGCAGUUCUACCUGGAGUGCAACCUGUGCGCCUGCUCCUCCGGAGAGCUGACGUGCACGCGGCGACAGUGCGACAGCAGCGCCGCCGCCUACAGCGGCCAGCCGUGCAACUGCCCGCCGGUGUACGCACCAGUCUGCGCCGCCAGCGGCGUCACCUACGCCAGCGCCUGCCUCGCCAGGUGUGCGGGCGCCGGCGACGGCGAACUGGAGGCUGGCGCGUGCCCGGAGCGUGAUCCCUGCUCGCGACACGCAUGUCCUCGCGGCCAGCACUGCGUGCCGCUGCGCAGAGCGUGCCUGGAAGGAGCGCCGCGGCACGCCUGCCGACAGCACCACUGCGUGGAGAAGGUGGAGUCGUGCAGCAGCCGGCCGCACGACCCCGUCUGCGACACCGAGGGCGAGGAGCACCCCAACCUGUGCUUCCUGCUGCACUACUGGAAGGCGCUCGCCUACCGCGGGCCCUGCCUCAAGAGCUGCUCGCUGUCGGGCGCCGUGUGCGGCGCUGACGGCGUGACGUACCGGUCCGAGUGCGAGGCGCUGGCGGCGCGCGCGCCCGUCGACUAUGUGGGCCGCUGCUCGGGCUGCCGGGAUCCGCACAGGUGUCCGCCACUGGCCAGGCAGGACUGCCAACCGCUGCGGCCGCCCGGCGCCUGCUGCCCUGUCUGCGCAGGAGCCCUCAUCCUCCUCUACAGCCGCAAACAGGUGGAGCUAUCGGUGCAGGCGGUGCGCGGCGACUCGCAGGCGUUGACGGUGCGGGCGGUGGUGGCGGCCCUGGAGCGGCUGGUGGCGGUGUCGGAGUGCGUGGUGCAGGGCUACGCCGGCGUGGGCCCGCAGCUGGUGGUGGUGGUGAGCGCGCGCACGCCGGGCCGCGCGCCGUCCAGCCUGCAGCUGGAGGCGUGCGCCGCCGAGGCGCGCAAGCUGUCUGCGCAGGUGCGCGCGCGCAGCCCCAGGCUCGCCGCGCAGCUGCCACUCAGUCUGCUGCUCGCCGCGGAGGACGUGACUGCCGCGCCGGAGGCGUCCUCCUCGCCGAAGCCUGCCGGGACCGGCGCCUGGCUCCUCGCCCUCACCGUCACGCUCUGCCUCUGUAGAGGCUGCACCAGGCUACAUACACAUCAGGCGUCAGUGGAUUAACUGAACCACCGAAGUAUCGUUUGCGUUGUAACGUGGGAGAGCUCUGCAUUUUGCCCGGGAACCGGAAGUGUGAAAUUUGUAUUUGUACUCUUUGAAGCACCGUAACGUUUACUGUGGUGCGUACAAAGUUUAGCUGUGUCUUCCCUCGUCACUCCUUACGAAAAGGUGUGUUAUAGACAUAAUUUCUGGGCUUCUUCACAGUCCUGGCCGGCUUCUGAUGGAAUACCAUUCAGCAGUUUCGUUACGCCGCUGGAUAACAUGCAAGAUACUACUUCUAUUCACAGUCGACUUGUUUUCGAGCUCUGGCAACAAAAAAGAAUCACAGGGACUUAGAGGCAGCAAAAAUUCAUUGCUGGAGAGGACAAUGCGCCAGCAUUAUUUGCUGUGGGGUAGCAUCAAGUACAUGCAAUGCCCGGUCACAAGUGCGGUGAAGAGUAUACUCAGGUUUUAAGGGAGAGAAGGGGAAACUCAUACAAGUUCUGCAAUAAAUGUCGAAAUAGCAAUGAGGUUUUUAGACAAGUGACCCUUGCUUACACUUACUAAUAGUCCAUUUACGUCACAUGUUGUGGGUUUAUUCGGCCGAUACUGAAUGUAUGCAUCAGUAGUAGGGCGAGGUUCUCGCCAUUUUUUCUUGAGGUUAGGUUAGUGGACGUAGCACAAUUGGCCUAUUUUCCCGCAAAAAUCCGCCAUCUUGGAUGACGUCAUACGAUGUUGCCAAGUCUACGUGCCACCAUCUUGCAUGACGUCAUCACCGCCAUCUUGAAUGAAUUUGGCAACAAUGCAGCGUCUCUUGGCGCGAACCUUGCCCUACUACAUGCAUCUGCCAUUUUGGUGGAGCAGGAUGCGAUCUCGGUUUGCCAGAAUCUUUUCCUUGUCGAAUGUGAGGUGACUGUCUCUCAUUGAGUACGCCCUCGCACACGCACCACCCUCUUCCUGAUUCUGUCAAGAAAUUUUACUGGUAAAAUAUCUUGGUGAAUCUGCUGUAGUCGAAGCGCCGACUUGGAAAUGAGCGUCGAUUUGAUUUUGCUUUUGAUCCAUCUCGGUUUCUCGGUGUGGGGAGAAUUUAGAAGGCUCUAGUUCCGUUUUUUUGUUAUAUUAUCUUAGCAUCGUAUUCCAAAAAAUGUCAAAUGUGUGUGAAAUGUUAUGCGACUUAAUAGCUAAGGUCAUCAGUCCCUAAGCUUACACACUACUUAACCUAAAUUAUGCUAAGGACAAACACACACACCCAUGCCCGAGGGAGGACUCGAACCUCCGCUGGGACCAACCGCAAAGUCCAUGAGUGCAGCGCCCUCAGACCGCUCGGCCAAUCCCGCGCGGCAUCGUAUUCCAGAAUACAUGAUACGUCACUUUUGAUGUAGUCGAAUAACAGCUCUGACUCCUUUGCAGGUGGUCAUUGAAUAUUCUUCCCCUUAUCAUUUUCCCAAGUCGUUAUUUGGCCCGAUUUCUGCGCAAUUUUACACGCAGUCAAAUUCCGUGUAUAAGUUUCGUGAACGCUAAACAACUUCAAAUUUAUCUCGCUGGUCAGCGUCCACGUCAAUGGAUGGCCUUACCUCACCAGACACGCCACUCGAUCUGUAACGGCAUUCAUUUGCGACGAGGAAGAUCUUACCAUAUUUGUAUUCCAGCCUCGGACAGCUGUAAACGACUUGUGCCAUCUCAACACUUGAUCUUGUGUAGGAAGCGUUCACUUAUGGUAAAUACAUUAAGGUAGGUGCACUUUUAUGGCUGCGUGUGGUGUCAAAGGAAGGGUAGACUCAUACACAAAAAUCUUUCACAAGGUUUCCAAAACGAGUAUGGCUAGAUUAUGUGUCUGAAAAAUGUGUCAAAUUCGAGACAGUGUUUCUUACGAAGUCAAAAAUGUUUCAACAGUUUUUAACUCAGAAUGUGCUGUACAGCACUUUUUUACUGCCCUCUCCUUUCCCCUCUAGCUUCCCUGUUCCAGGGAUUACACAUCCUCACACAACAACCAAAGGAAUCGCCGACUCACUCUCUUUGUAGGAAACAGUGCAAAUAAUUGCAACUUCAGUUAAGAUGUCAUAUUAUGAUAGGCAAACUUGUGACUCACUUGUUUGUCAUCUACUAGAAACAAAACACCCACCAGGAAUUGCAGACCAUUACAACCAUGCUUCCAAGCCCUUGCACCUAGGCUAAGAUACCGAAUAGUGAUAUACGAAACUUAUAGCCUUUUAACUUAGAGAAAAAUUCCCCGUGUGAGACAUUUGCUGUGCUGCUAUGAACGAAUUCCUUCAACAGCAAUCAGGUAUGCUAAACACUGACCAAACAACCGUCCUUAGUUGCAGCUCUAGUCGUUCUCGAACUGUCAGGCGACUAAGUGAGCCAACACAGCUACAGACGAGAGCAUUAUAAAGCUAGAACUACGGAAAUAAAACUGUUCAAUUUCCAUCAUAAUAUGUCAUUCCAAGACUGGUUUUACGUUAUUUAUGUGCAUUCUCUUUCCGGUCAGAGCUAUCACAACUGCGGGCCUACAAUUUUAUUGGGAUUUCAAGUGCGGAACUAUGAGAAAUCACUGCCAAGGACAAUUUAGUUUUAGAGGAAGUUAUUUAAUACUUUUACCAGUAGAGAGGAGUAAAAAUACUUUUCUCAUUUAACGUAAUGGUCACUGGAGGCCACUUUUCUGCAUCAUUAAGCAGAUGAUCUCAGAAAAUGUUUAAGACAGCGGUUUUGAACUUCUGCCAUUGAAGUAAUGUCUAAAGAUUUCAAAUAACCUCCCUUCCUGCAAACAAAGAGCACAUCACAGUAAUAGUGAAGAACCUUCCGUUGGUAGUUGUUACCAAUGAUAGCAUUGUGAUUUUGUGUGCCAAAGAUGUUAUGUUGUAUUUUCUGUUGGUGUCAAUAUUUGUUUAUACAUACACAUACUGAUGAUUUUGUAUUUUCUGUAAGUUUCCAUUUUCUAGUCUCCCUUCACUCAAAGAUUGUGCAGUAUGUUAUGAAUAUUAAUUUCUAAAGUAUAAACUUGUUAGCGAUGUUAAUAUUUUUGUACAGGAACAUUUUAUGCUUUGAGAUCUUUACGUUUUGCUAAAAAUACAAUUUUUGAUAAAUA